AUGGACUUUUCUACCGAUCUGUCCCCGUCCUCCUUUUCCAAAGAAUUGAGGAUGCGUCCCCUGGACAGUGAGCGCAACGGGCAGACAGAGAAGUGGUGUGUGGUUGAGAAGGGUCCGCAGUCACUCGAUCUCGAGGGAAAGCCCUUCACGUUCGACCAUGUGGCUGGGGAGAAAGCGUCGCAGGAGGACCUGUUCCAGCUGGCAGGGCGGCCCAUAGUCAAGAACUGCCUUGAGGGAUUCAACAGCACUAUGUUCGCAUACGGUCAGACUGGCAGUGGAAAGACUCAUACGAUGUUCGGAGCUGGCGUGUGCAAGGAUGAAGUGGAGAUCGGGUCAGAAUGGGGGAUGAUUCCGCGUGUGGUCCACCUGCUCUUCACUCUUUUGGAACAGGAGAAACAGCAAAGGGAAAGUGAAGGCUUCAAGUUCAGCUGGACAUGCUCGUUAUUGCAGAUCUACCAGGAUCAGAUUUCGGACCUGCUCGACCCCACGCGCAGCAACCUGGUGAUUGCAGAGGCAACCAACGGUGUGUAUGUAAAGGACCUAACCAAAAAGGAGGUCACUACCUUUGCUCAAGUCAUGGAGCUUAUUCAGCAAGGAAUGGAGCAGCGGCAAACGGCGCCGACAAACAUGAAAGAGGAAAGCAGCCGUUCUCAUUGUGUCUUCACUUGCAACAUUGAGAGCACGUGGACGGCAGAGGGCAACAAAAAUAGCCGCAGCAGCCAACUCAACCUGGUUGACUUGGCAGGUUCCGAAAAGCAGAAGCAAUCAGGGGCGGAGGGUGAUCGGCUGAAGGAAGCGAUCUCCAUCAACUCGUCACUCUCCCACCUCGGCAAGGUGAUCAUGGUGCUGGUGGGGUCGGUGAGGGAGAACAGGCCUCGCCCGUUGAUCCAAUCAUAUUCUCACUUGUGCCUUUCACACGAAGCGACUCACAGCACGCUCAGGUUUGCAAAGGACGUGAAGGAGGUGUGCAACAAGGCAGUUGUGAACGAGGCUGCAGAGCGCCAGCCGGACGACCAGCAAGCAGAGAUCGCCAGGCUCAUGGACGAGCUGGACUCCACGAUCAAGAGCAAGCAGGACGCUGAAGCUGAUAAAAGCGCCCUCAAUGACCGCCUCAAGCUUCUUGAGCAGGAGAUGAUGGAGCUACGAGGGAGGUUUCUUAUAGAGGAGGGGGGGAGGCGUGAUGCAGAGCAGGCGGUGGAAGAGGCGAGAAGGGAGCUUCGGGAAGCGGCUGCAGCCCUGGCUCAGGAGAAGGCUGCAGUUGCAGAUCUUCGGGCGAGUUUGGAGCAGGUUCGGGAGAUGCAGGAGGAGAGGAGGGAGCAGGAAGGGAAGCUGAUGGAGCUUACAGAGAGGGUGAUUGCAGAGGAGGGGGGGAGGCUUGAUGCAGAGCAGGCGGCGGAAGAGGCGAGAAGGGAGCUUCGGGAAGCGGCUGCAGCCCUGGCUCAGGAGAAGGCUGCAGUUGCAGAUCUUCGGGCGAGUUUGGAGCAGGUUCGGGAGAUACAGGGUCGGGAGGAGCGGGGUGAGGAGGAGAGGAAGGAGCAGGAAGUGACGUUGCAGCAGCUUAGAGAGAGGGCGUUCACAGAGGAGGGGAGGAGGCGUAAUGCAGAGCAGGCGGCGGAAGAGGCGAAAAGGGAGCUUCAGGAAGCGGGUGCUGCAGCUGCGGCCCUGGCUCUGGAGAACGCUGCGGUGAAAGAGCAGCUUCGAGCAAGCCGGGAGCAAGUUCGGGAGCUGGGACCGGGGGUGGAGGAGGAGGGAAUGCAGGAGGAGGAAGAAGCGAGUGAAGGACUGGGGGGUGAGGAGGAGGGAGUGAGUGAAGGACUGGGGGGUGAGGAGGAGGGAGUGAGUGAAGGACUGGGGGGUGAGGAGGAGGGAGUGAGUGAAAAACUGGGGGGUGAGGAGGAGGAGGGAGUGAGUGAAGGACUGGGGGGUGAGGAGGAGGGAGUGAGUGAAGGACUGGGGGGUGAGAAGGAGGAGGGAGUGAGUGAAGGACUGGGGGGUGAGGAGGAGGAGCGAGUGAGUGGGGUGAAAAAGCCGAGAAGGAAGAAUAAGCUCUUCACACUGGACGAGGUGGAGUUGCUGGUGGCUGCUGUGGAGAAGUUUGGCAUUGGCAGAUGGGUGGAUGUGAAGGACAGUGCGUUUGCCACUUCACAGCACCGGACAAACGUGGAUCUCAAAGACAAGUGGAGGAACCUGCUAACUACCAAGUCAAUUCAGCUGUCACAGGAGCUGUUGAAUCGAGUGAAGCAGGCGGACAAGUACUGGAAAGAGCAGGCCAGAAUCCAGCAAGAGAAUCAAGUGGGCGCCUUCCCCACCUCCCCGGUCUUUCCCCUCCCCUUCCCGUUUCCGCACCUCCCUGGCCUUUCCCCUCUCCUUUCCGUCUUCCCCACCUUCCCCACCUUUCCCACCUACCCUGCCUUUCCGUUUGCACUUCGGUGGUCUGAGGGGGCAAAACGAGGAGCAGGCCGCAGCAGCGAAGCGGACGGAAUGGCAGGUGAAACAAACGGAGGAGCAGUUGGAGCAGAGGGAGGAGCAAACGGAGGCGAAGCAGCUGAAUGCAGAGUAGGGGCGGCACAGGAGGAAGGCGGGGCAGGCGGAGUGGAUGACUAUGAUGAGGAGGCGAGGCUACAGCAGCAAGGGGAGGUGAGCAUUGUUGCGCAGGCAUGUCCCUAG